GUAUUUUGUUAAGUGGCUUUUGAUGCCGGCGUAAGUAGUUAGCAGAGGCUAAUGUUCAGCGAGUAGCAAUGCGGCUAGCCCAGCAGUAACCACUGAGCUAGUUUGGUAACUACGUUUGUUUGUAAAACGUGCUGGCUAAAGUAUACGUCUGGUUAUAAAGUUAGACUGAAGAGCUGCCUAUUUAACAACUUGAAUAAAGGUUUUCAAGAUUUUAAAUGAUAAUGAAUUGUUAGGGCAAGCAGCCGCGAGCGGCUAGCAUAUCUCGCUUGUUACGUUAACGCUAGCCCUCAUCAGCAUUAAUAACUAGCAGGCAAACGUUAACUUGGUUCAUACAAAUUUUUACGUUUUAAGUUAACGUUAAUAGUACAGCUGAGUAACGUAUUCCAACUGUGAUAACCAACUUAUUUUCCCCACAACAUUAAAGUGGAAAAUACUGUCCUUUUAAAAUGACGCUGAAGUUGGCUUCAGAUUCGGCAGUUAAGGAGACACUUGACUUAAAUGGCUGAACGACGAAGGCAUUUUAGGUCAGCAUCAUGGGUGAACCUCAGCAGGUUAGUGCCCUGCCUCCUCCGCCUAUGCAGUACAUCAAAGAAUACACAGAUGAAAACAUUCGUAAGGGCCUGGCUCCUAAGCCACCUCCACCCAUCAGAGACAGCUACAUGAUGUUUGGCAACCAGUUCCAGUGUGAUGACCUUAUCAUCCGGCCUCUGGAGAGCCAAGGAAUUGAAAGGCUGCAUCCUAUGCAGUUUGACCACAAACGGGAGUUGAAGAAGCUCAAUAUGUCCAUUCUCGUGAACUUUCUGGACUUGCUGGACAUCCUUAUCAAAAGCCCUGGCAGCAUAAAGCGUGAGGAGAAGCUGGAGGACAUAAAACUUUUGUUUGUUCAUUUGCACCACCUGAUAAAUGAAUACAGGCCACAUCAAGCCAGGGAGACACUGAGGGUGAUGAUGGAGGUGCAGAAGAGACAGAGGCUAGAGACAGCCGAGAGGUUCCAGAAACAUCUGGAGAGGGUGGUGGAGAUGAUCCAGGGGUGCCUUGCCUCCUUACCUGAUGACUUGCCGCAGAUGGAAGGUCCGGACGGUGCUGGUGAUGGGACAAGGAGUGUGUCUGCAGCAGUUAGUGUUGGUUAUUCUUCUGGGCAGGCCCCCAGGCUGAAAACUGAACCAAUGGAUGUAGAGGAAGCAGGUGCCAGCUGUAUGGCAGCAGGUCACCAGGACAAGAGCAUCCCUACCUCAAAGAGGGACAAAGUAUGGGACAAGGAUGCUGCCAUGUGCAGUAUUAUAGAUGAAAUUGCUUAAUUUUCCUGUUGAGUCGUUGUGAUUAUUUUUUGUACACCUAAACUUUGUUUUUUGUAUGCUGUUCUUAGAGUAAGUAUGAACAGGUUUGCUGUGUUUUCACUGGGCCUGAAAUCUUAUCUGGAGUUGAAUGGUGUUUUAUUAAAAAAAAAAAAAAUCAUGUAGAUAUUAACAGUUUCUGUUAAGAUAUUAAAGAAUGUAUAUAUUACACAGAUUAACUGGGUUGCCAACUUUCAGUUUUUGUAAUAAAACCAAUAAAAAAUUCCAAUUGCA